AUGAACCUUGCUCUAAUAAAACUACGCCACUUUCCAUGUUUUUACCUCGCAGCAUGCAGCAUCCAGGGGUCUUUGGCGGCAGACAGCGAGCAGCAGCUAGUGAAUUCCCAAGUCACCGAAUCUGCCACCAACGCGAACGCUCUGAUCUCUUCGCCUGACGAAGGCACAGCCAAGUCCGGCGACGCAGCAGAGGUCACUCCCGCGGACGCGCUACCUGUGAGCACGGCGGUGAGCAUUGGCGGAGUGGUGGUCCCCUUUAACGAGCGCCGCUGCGUGAACCUGAAGCCUGCCAAGGGGAGCCGCGCUGGCGGGAACUCUCUCUGGCAGACCGUGAAGGUGUGGUGGGAGCAAGUCGAGCGCAAUAUCAAUCCAAGGAAGGCGGGAGCCGGUGGCAGCGGCAACACGCGUGUGCCAGGCACGUGCAAGGAGGUGAAGUUUUUCACCCGCCACGAUUGCAAGGGCGCCGCUGUCAAGAAUGUGGCGAAGACCAGACGCGGCAACGCUCUGCUCAACAUGAUGUUCGGCCGUUCCAAACCCAGGAACUGGGAGUUGUUCUAA